UCUGUGCGGGCAUUUAUCUUGGCCGACGGACUUUUAUAUAUAAGGAGGAUCCAUCUCUCGACCCAAUCAUUUAACCGGACGCUGCCUUGACCUCUUACUUCCACCACGAUUCGCGGAAAUGACCUCCCCAGCUGUUACUGCUGCCAAAGCUGCUCUUGCGAGCAUCGAUCUGACCAACUAUGAUCCUACCCAGAGCAAGCUGAUGGAGGAGCGAUGCAUCCUCGUCGACGAGGAAGACAACGCCAUCGGUGCUAUGGACAAAAAAACCUGCCACCUGAUGGAAAACAUCAACCAGGGCCUCCUCCACCGCGCAUUCUCCGUCUUCCUCUUCAGACCAUCGGAUGGCAAACUUCUCCUCCAGCAGCGCGCCACAGAGAAGAUCACCUUCCCAGACAUGUGGACCAAUACCUGCUGUUCGCACCCGCUGGACGACUUUGAAGAGGAGAAGGUAGAGGCCGGACAAUUAGGAGUCAAAGUCGCUGCAUCGAGAAAGCUCGAGCACGAGUUGGGCAUUCCGUUGAGCCAAACCCCUAUCGACCAAUAUCAAUAUCUCACCCGCAUCCAUUAUGUCGCGCCGUCCAACGGUCCUUGGGGAGAACACGAAAUCGACUAUAUUCUGUUCUUGACCGCCGAUGUCGAUGUCACUAUCAACCCCAACGAGAUCCGGGACCAUAAAUGGGUGAGCAAGGAGGAGCUGCGAGCCAUGUUCGAGGAUCCGACCCAAUCGUUUACCCCAUGGUUCAAGCUCAUUGCAAGAGACUUCCUCUUCGGCUGGUGGGACGAGCUUUACAAGAGGAAGGGGCCUGAUGGCAAGGUCAACGCCAAAAGCCUUCACGAUGUUGCAGAUGGCUCCAAGGUCGUGAAAAUGACAUAAUUAGCUGGUCGCUAGUACUUAAUACAAGUGUUCAAUGCUUUUUGUAAUUUACU